UGAUACCGCGUUAUGACCGACGCAUCAGCUCAUGAGUUUAAAUACCGAUGAGUACCCGUAAAAGUACAAGACACAAUAGUUACAUUCUUUUGCAUAUGCAACUUCUUGACAAGGUCUCUCGUUAAUAUUCGUUCCCCAAAUGUCACUCGUUGUAUCCGACAAAAACAAAAUGGCACGUUCAAUUGCCCUCGCAGCUCUUCUCCUCGCCCUCCCCAUCGCAGCGCAGCCCGAGAUGACUUCAACCCCAGCCUCUACCGCUGCUGCCCCAAAGACCACUGACAGCAUUUCAUCCGCUCCCGAGACAACUGAAUACACGAUUGUGUCGACCAUCACGCGCAGUAACGGCAUCGACUAUUAUGCCGUUCCGAUGAGCCAAUACAAUGCAACUGCCACUGGAAGAGCUCCCGCAGCGACUGUUGGCAAUGCUGGGGCUGGAUUGAUGAUUGGCACUGCUGGUCUUGUUGCCGGAGUUUUUGGCGCGCUUGCAGUUGUUCUGUGAGAGGAUGCGCUGUGAGGAUGAGGGUGCUGGAUUGAGGCUUAGGCAAGCGGUAGUAAGGUCGCGAGCUCGGUUGCGGCAUCGCCAUCCGGCUUAGGGGUCAUGUUGAUCUGUAGUUCUCAAGUACAAUCUACAACAGAACGUCCAACCACGCACUCUUUUCACACAAUUUCCACGGUAUAUCAUCCCACGAACAACUAGAAACUGUGCCCCCAGUUCAAAAUAUGACUGUCCGUCUGAAACGAUAACAUGCGGCAUUUCACUUUCUGACAUCCCGCUACCCCAGCUUCUACCGGCAGAGGUCACAGCUCUAGCUCUAGCGGAGUAUGGCGUUGCACUGCGGCACGAGUAUUGCGCG